UGUGUGCUGUUUUGCUGUGUGUGUGUUUUACUAGGGAGACAUACUGCUGUGUAUUUUUCUGCUGUGCAGGGUACUUUUCAGUUACCAGCUUAUUCUUCUCAUGCAGCGUUCGCUAUUCAGUAUCCGGUAACAAGUCCCGCUGAAGCAAGAGAGGACGGCUCUGAUAAUGUCCCCAGUUUUCUGGAUAGCAUCUUUUGGAUGGCUGUACCUAAGUCCAGAAGAACUAUUGAAGUAAAUCGCACUCGACGAAGACAUCCUAGUAAACUUAUAAUAGAAAAGAAUAAUAUUGAUCAGUGUCCUGAAUGUGGUCAUUUAAAGCUGAAACAUGUUCUAUGUGGAUUUUGCUAUGAGAAAGUUCGAAAUGAAACCUAUCUUAUUAGGCAAGAAAUAAAAGCUAAAGAAGAUGGACCGUUCAAUUCUCCUACUGUGGAGACGGUUAUCCUCUAUGAUGGUGAAAAACCACAUUCAGAAGAUGAAAGUAAGAGGAUUAUUGAGAGAAAACGGAAACGGCCAUCAUGGUUUACCAGUGAAUUUUAUGCAUAA